UUCACUUGUAAAUCGCCCUGCGUUAAAAAAAUUCUUAGAAUUUUACGUCCGCGUGUUUAGUUUUAUUGAAAUAUGAUCUGGAAUUCCGGUUCAUGAAUAUCUUUUAUUUUUCCAGUUCAGUCAUGACAUAACAUGUUUGCAACUUACUAAUAUCCGCGUUAAUUAUCACGUGACAAUAAGAAGUCGUGUAUAAAACCCCGGGACAUUCUUUAAUAUAUACCCCGUCUGCUUGCAGUGAAACAUCUUUGAGUACAGGGAAAUAAUUGGAGAAAUGAAGAUAUUAUUGGCUACAAUACUUAUUCUUUUGACAAGAAUAGUGGAACAGUCAGCGCAGUUCUCGGACUCAGAUUAUGAUGGUACCAGGUCAUCACCAGGUCAAAGGCAAUCACUAGGUCAAAGGCAAUCACUAGGUCAAAGGCAAUCACCAGAUCAAGGGCAAUCACCAGGUCAAGGUCGAUCUCCAACGGUAGAUGAGCUGGAGGUGGCAUUUAAUAAAGCAAGACAUAUUAAUCUAGUAAAAAAAGAAAUAAAAUAUUUAGAAAGAGAUGAUGACAAGAGAAAAAGAGGUGUAUUGAAAUGUCCCCUGUCCCAACAUCACGGUACUCGUAACUAUGGCAACACUACAGCAGGGAGAAACGCUAACAACGCCUUUCUCGCACUACGAAUUUUAAUUGACGAAAAUGGCUACAGUCUCAGAGACUUACAAAACAAUUCACUGGCAGAGAGUUUGAAGAGUAUUGAUGGUUUCAAAUGUGAUGUUCCGAAACCAAAUAAGUGCAACUACAAAAGCAAAUACAGAAAUAUCGAUGGGUCGUGCAAUAACCGCAACAACCCGGACUGGGGAAUGGCAGGGAGUAUACAACAACGAGUUCUCCCUAAUGAUUACGAUGAUAAAAUCAGUCUGCCAAGGACAAAAGGUUUACCUAAUGCACGGACCGUUAGUGAUAUUGUACAUCGGAACUUUUUCUUGUCUGAAACUUUGAGUAAAGAACUUACUCUGCACGUGAUGGGCUUCGGACAGUUUCUCGACCAUGACAUAGCACGAACUCCUGAACAAGAUGAUGUAGAAGACUGUUGUGAAGCAUAUGCAAGAAAAGACGUGGAUAAUUGUUUUAACAUAAUAGUACCUAGAGGAAUAUUAGGAGGAACGUCUGAUAUACUUGUACCCGGACAUUGUAUGGAAGUUAAAAGAUCAGCACCAGUGUUUUGCCCCGAUGAUAAUUCACCUGGUCUAUCAGUCAGACAACAGACGACCAGUCUCACCUCUUUUGUUGACGCUUCUAAUGUUUACGGGUCAUCAUCGACGAGAUUGGCGGAGCUACGUGAACGCGGGACAGGUUACCGUUUAGCGACAAGCUUAUUCAGAAAACAAGAACGGAUAUUGAACGGCCCGGAUGAUACUUGUACCCUGCAAGAUUCCACUCAAAGCUGUUCAGCAGCUGGUGACGGCCGGGUGAAUGAAGUGUCUAUAUUGACGUCAUAUCACUUUCUGUUUGUUAAGGAACAUAAUAGAAUUGCAGAUGUACUAAAAGAUUAUUACAGUAACAAUGAAACCAUCUUUCAAGAAACAAGAAGAAUAAUUAUUGCCAUAAUGCAAAAGAUUGUAUACGACGAGUUUUUGGCCUCCGUAUUCUCUACUAGUGGACUAAAGAAAUACCAACUAGAGAGUUCGGCAAGAUAUGUUUAUGAACCAAAUACAAACCCGACCAUGUUGAACGCAUUUGGAAUCGCUUACAGAGUUGGACAUACAUGGAUUCCACAGGCAAUGCGACUUUUCGACAGAUCGUUACAGAAAAUUUACGAUCCGAAUUUCAACCGGAAAACAGAAGACACCUUUAACAACCCAGACUUGACAUUUCAACCUUUAGCUUUUGAGAGAUUGGCAUAUUACAUGUCAGGAAGCCAAUCUCCAAACACAGACAGAAUCAUUGAAGAAGCUGUGAGGAGUCGUCUAUUUAUAGAUAGAGAUAAUGAUAUAGCAUUUGACCUUGCUGCACUGAACAUCCAAAGAGGACGUGAUCACGGACUUCCGUCUUAUAACGAGUACAGGAAGUGGUGCGGCCUAUCGUCUGUCAGCAGAUACUGGAACUAUUAUGGCGGGAAUUCUGGUUUAGUUGACCACUCGUAUAAAGCCAGAUCAAAGUUAAAAUACGCUGGAUACAGGUCCCCACUAGAUAUUGAUCUAUUUGCUGGUGGGUUGUCGGAGACGCCUGUGACAGGAGGACAAUUUGGCCCCACGUUUGAGUGUAUAAUAGGAAGACAAUUCCGGCGGUUGAAAUAUGGUGAUCGGUUCUGGUACCAGAACAGAGACGCUCGAUUCACAGACAGACAAAUCUCAGCCAUCAAGAAAUACUCAUUAUCGAGAAUGCUAUGUAACAACUACAACUUUAACAUGGUUCAUUUUCCUCGUGCGUUUCUAUCAAAAACAAACACAUUGAAUCCAUACGGUCGGCAUACUUCUGGAACACAUGGUUGGUUCUUUUACAAUCCACCGACAAAUGGAAA